UGUCGUUUCAGAGGCAGAAAUGUUGCCACAGACUGAACACUGCUGUGCAGAUCACAAAUUACUUUUGCUGUCAAAGGCUCUGGCUCAAUCAAGUGCCGUUUUGAAUAACUUUUAUGGGAUUACAUAAACAGCAUGUGAUGUUACUGAAUAAAAUCUCGUCCGUGGAACACAAACAAUAACGUCGUGGAAUAGCCUCAUUUCAGAUUUUUUUCGGUUCCUUUGGUCGUUGUAAGAAACGUUUUUUUUUUCUUUUUUCCCAAACGUCCUCGUGAACAAUAAGCUCUAACCGUUCCUGCAGUCAGUCUCCGUCGGUGCGUUUGCCUGAUGCGCAGCGCCUCCCCAACUGGUCGCUCACUUUGACAAAUUCCUGGACGUGAGCGGGUCUGCUGAACGGCUUCUUGCUCGUAAAUAUGAUCCCUUGAAUAAUUUAGAAGUUGAACAGCUCUGCCUUAGCAUAUAUUUCUCCCCCACUUGCCGACUGUUAGACGAGAAGGACACAAUGGGACUUUGGUCGUUUUGGAGUUUAUCUCUCGUGGCUUUCGUGUUGCUCUACCCUUUUCACCCGAAGUUUGUGUCUCAAGCGGAAAUAAGUUUGCCUAGAAAAUCAGACAGAUUUAAUCGCCUGGAGGUAACGCCACUGGAGGCACGUGUGACCAGAAAAUCAGCGGAGAUCAAAGUCUCACUUGAAGUCGACAAUAGCACCAAAGUUUUACGCGCUUUAGAAACGGAAGCGGACGGGGAGAUUGGCCAGCAAGUGGGGAAUGAAACGAGUGGAGAGGAGCCACCGGUCGCCAUCAAGCCGAAUUCACACAGCGGUUUGAAAAUCGCUGGUAAAAAGUACGGAAACAUUUUAGAAGAUAACCAAGCCCGAUCUACAGAGAAACCGAUGUUAGAUAGUGCGUUUUCUGUCAGCAGAAAGAAGGCAAAGAGGAGUGUGGAUGUCACAUCUACCGAAAACGUGGAUAGGAGUAUAAGCGGAGAAGCGCAUUUUAUAGAGAGGUUUGUGGAGACUGUCCAAGGUGUUUCCAACUCGAGAGCCGAGUACCGGCGCAGCGGGGAGGAAGCCAGAGGCUCGAACCCGAGGCAAAAUGAGCCCCACCUGGACACUUCGACUUUUGCUUUGUCGGGAGACUCGGCACACAACCAGGCAAUGGUGCACUGGUCCGGUCACAACAGCAGUGUGAUCCUGAUCUUGACUAAGCUGUACGACUUCAACCUGGGCGCCGUCACCGAGAGCUCACUCUGGAGAUCCACUGAUUACGGCAGCACCUACUACAAACUCAAUGACAAAGUGGGCUCAAGGACGGUUUUAAGUUACCUGUAUGUCUGCCCCACCAACAAACAGAAGAUAAUGAUGCUUAGCGACCCAGAGGUAGAGAGCGCUGUUCUCAUCAGUUCGGAUGAAGGGGCAAGCUUUGAGAAGCAUCCCAUUAACUUCAACAUCCUGAGUCUGCUCUUCCACCCCGCGCAGGAGAACUGGAUACUGGCUUACAGUCACGACAGCAAGCUGUACAGUUCAAUGGACUUCGGAAGGAAGUGGCAGCUCGUUCUCGACAACGUGAUGCCUGGCAGAUUCUACUGGGCGGUAAUGGGGCUGGACAGAGAAUCAGAUGUGGUCCACAUCGAGACGCGCAUUGCGAAAGGCCGUGCUAAGUAUGUAAAGUGUAGAGCCCAACGAUGCUCAGAAGCCAACAGACAGUACCUCUUCCCUGGAUAUGUAGACACCAACUCACUAGUUGUGCAAGAUGAAUAUGUUUUCACCCAGGUAACCAAGUCAGGACGAGCCAGCUACUUUGUCUCCUACAUGAGGGAAUCCUUCAAGCGGAUGAAAUUACCUAAAUAUUGUCUCCCAAAGGACAUGCAUAUUAUCAGUACAGAUGAGAAGCAAGUAUUUGCUGCAGUCCAGGAGUGGAAUCAAAACAACACCUACAGCCUGUAUAUCUCCGACUCCCCCGGGGUCUACUUCAUCCUUUCAUUAGAGAAUCUGAGAACCAGCAGAGGCCCUGCCGGUAACCUGCUGGUUGACUUUUAUAAGGUCGAGGGGAUAAAUGGCAUGUAUCUCGCCAACAAACUGGUAGAUAAUCAUGUCAAGACUUUCAUCACAUACAACAAGGGACAAACAUGGGCCCUGCUGCCAGCUCCUGCCACGGAUGUGGCUGGAAAUAACCUCCACUGCGUUCUGCCGUUCUGCUCGCUGCAUCUUCAUCUGGAGAUGUCGGAGAAUCCCUACACGUCUGGGCCCAUCACCAGCAAGAAGUCUGUGCCGGGGAUCAUCGUGGCUACAGGGAAUAUUGGAACAGAGCUGUCUUCCAGCAACCUUGGGAUGUUUAUAACAUCUGACGCAGGAAAUAGCUGGAGACAAAUAUUCGACGAAGAGCACAACAUUUGGUUUCUUGACAAUGGAGGGGCUUUACUGGCAGUUCUACACGCAGCGACGCCAAUUCGACACUUAUGGAUCAGUCUGGAUGAAGGAAAGAAGUGGGACCGGCACAGUUUCUCUUUGGCACCUCUGUAUGUGGAUGGAGUUUUAAUGGAACCAGAAUCUGACAAUCAUAUUAUCACCUUCUUUGGGCACUUCAGCCAUCGGUCAGAGUGGCAGCUGAUCAAGAUCGACUACAAGGGCCUGUUUACCAGGAGAUGCAUGGAUGGAGAUUAUCAGACAUGGUACCUUCACAACAAGGGAGAGCUGUGUGUGAUGGGCGAGAAGCAGAUCUAUAUGAAGCGCAGACCAGGCAACCGUUGCAUGCUUGCCCAGGACUAUUCCAGGAUCUAUUCCUCAGAGCACUGCCUCUGCACAGCCUAUGAUUUUGAAUGUGAUUACGGAUGGGAACGGCAGGCUGACGGGAAGUGCUCCCCUGCUUUUUGGUUUAAUCCAAAUGGUGCGACUAAAAGCUGCAGCACCAGCCAAACCUUCCUUAACAGCACAGGGUAUCGGAAGGUUUUGUCCAACAACUGCAGGGAGGGAGGAAGGACCUCGUACUCCCCGAGGAGGGAGGCGUGUCGCCCCAGAGCGCCCAGAGGCCUGAGGCUGUCCACAAGUCAGGGAGAGCUCAGUGCCACUGUCGGAAGCAACGUUACCUUCAUGGUCUACCUUGACGAAGGAGACUCGCAGAGGACCAGCAUCCAGUUAGACUUCGGGGACGGCAUCAAGAUCACAUACUCUAACCUGAGCAGGACUGAUGAUGGCAUCAAGCACAUCUACAGAACGACUGGGAUUUACAGAGUGACAGCCACGGCAGAAAACAGCCAAGGAUCCGACAGCAGCACACUGUUUUUACACAUCACCAGUCCAGUGGAGCGUGUAUAUCUCUCAGCUCCCAUUGUGACCAUCAAAGGGAAGGAGGCUAAUCUGACUGCGGUGGUUUGGCCGAGCCACACCAGAACUUUGACCUUCUUCUGGUGGUUUGACAACAGCUCUGAGCCCAUUAUAACCUUGGAAGGGAGCAUCUCGCACACGUUUCAGAGAGAGGGAAAAAACAAGGUCACGGUCCAGGUUGCUUCUGGGAGUGCCGUGAUGCAGGAUUCAAAAGUUAUAACAGUUAAAGAGUUCUUCAGGUCGCUGCUGUUGUCGUUUUCACCAACGCUUGAUGAACACAAUCCAGACAUCCCCGAAUGGAGAGAGGACGUAGGGCGCGUGGUGCGGACAGCUCUGUCGCAGGUGUCUGGGGUUCCUCAAGACCAGCUGCUGGUGUCUCUGUACCCGGGACUUCCAACUACAGCAGAGCUCUUCAUCCUGCCUGAUGAGCACACACCGAGUGAGCACAGGACAAGGAGUGAAGAGGCUCUAGAGACGAUAUCCGACAUAUUUGUCACUGCGCUGAACCAAGGCCUGAUCCAGUUUGAGCUGAAAGCUGAUAUUCGCAUCAUCGUGUACAUGACGCAGCAAACCCUGGCGCCACUUGUGGAUUCGAACUCAAUCCAUAGCGGGCCGGCCAUGCUGAUGCUGCUCAGCGUGGUGUUCGUGGGUUUAGCGGCCUUCUUCAUCUACAAGUUCAAGAGGAAAAUCCCCUGGAUCCACGUUCAGACUGAGGACAGCCAUGAGAAGGAACCGGAGGUGAUAAGUACGGUCGGACAGAACGACACCAUGUCCAAGGUCAAGCUCAGCGAGUUUCCCUCUCAGAAAGAACUCAUGGAGAAGGACCUGGAGGCGAGGAACAGAGGAGGAAUUGGAAGAAACGUGGAGAGAAUUGUUACGAGGGAAUUCCCAAACUGUACUAAUGUCUAGGGCUCGGUCGCCGAGUAAGUACAAGUUGUUGUGUUUCAAUUGUGCUACAAUAGCUUGUUGGCAUUGUUUUUUUUUUUCUUAUUUAUUUCACGCUGAUAGCUGCAAUGGUUCCAAGUCAUGUUUUUUAUUCGCGUGGAUAGAUUAAGUAUGUGGUGUACUAUACUUGAUAAGGAACAGUCCACUGAGCCAGACUCCAGGACCUCCAGUUUGAGGGCGGCGAGCUGCCGAAAUGAGCUGAUACCGAGCACAAAAUGUCCAAAUAGCAUCCAGACUCUCAAGCUCUUUACCACUGCCAACGAUCUGACAGUUCUCAUAUUUUUUUUGGAACAGUCGGAUCACGUUUUUACUCACUUUGAAACAUCUGGUUUGUCCUUCAUUAGGAUAAUACAGACAGCAAAACUAAAAUAAAAUACCCCCAAAAACCUUUGAGGAUGGUAUGUUAUAGGGACUGAUAGGGAACCCAAAAAUACUGAUAUCAUCCAAAUAGGAAAAGUACCAUUAACAGAGCAUGUAUAGGCUUUAUUGUAUGUGAUAGAUUCAAAAGUCUCACCAAAGGUUUGUCUCUCAUCAGCCUCUGAACGGUAAUUUUUUUCAUUUGGAUCAUCAGAAACAGACACUUGAUGAAUGAAAAACUGUAGCGUCAACAGUGAGUGUAGGCACUGGCAAUUGUUGCUGUUCAGUGGUUCAUGUGUCACUGUAGCGUCUGUAUAUUGAGAAGAUGCACUGCAGGCAAAUAACAACUUAUUCCGCAUUAGGUAAACUUAGCUAUAUAUAUGUAGGAGCUUAUAAAUAGUUGUAAGAUUGUGGUAUCGUGGCUUUCCAACUGUAAUUUUGGCCCGUGGCUAACGUGUCUUCAUACCAGCUCAUGCGAACUGACCUGGUGGGGAAACGCUCCCAGUUUUGCAAUGAUGAAAUAGAUGUGAAAGCAGCCUUAGUUAUAUUUGUAACCCUAGUUUCUCUGCUGUACUCCUAUAGUUGCUGUAGCCUCCUUUGUCUCUGACAAACAACCAAUUCCAGGCUAGACAUAAAAAGUAACAAUACCAGUGCAACAGCCCAGAAAUGUUGCCACAACACAUUUAAAUUUGUAUUGCGAGACACAGAGGAAAUUAACCUGGAACCGAAUAACUUGUGCGUGAACUAAUUUGGCAGCGCAACCAACAUUAAUUUAUUUGUAAAAGUCCUGCACUAUAGCGUCAAUGUCAUAAAAUGCUUUCUUUCUGUCUCGCAGUACUUGUUGAUAACAUUUUCCAGCUACUUCAAUAUUUUCCUCUAUCACACAAAUUGACCCAGGCUAUAAAAUCCGUCGAGUGUAACCCUUUUAUUUAGUUUGUUUAGUCAUUUUCAUGUCUCUUCCUUGUAACCCGUGUAGAUAUUACUGCAACAAACAAGUAUUGCUGUGACUCAAUUAGAAGUAUAAUUUAUUUAUUUGAACUUUUGUUAUUGAAGACUACUAUUGUAACAUUCUUAUGUCCACUUUAACUUGCUCCGGAUAAACUUUUACCGCCCUGAAACUUGAGGUCCUUGAGUCGUAAAUAUAAUGCGUAUGUAUAAAAAUGUGGAAAUCAGAAAGUUGUCUUUUUUUUUUUUUUUUUUUUCCUGUAAGAUAAUAUGGUGCUUUCAAUGACUUCUUCUCUCAUAACAUGAAAGUCUGGCCUUAGUAGAGGAAAUAACAUCGUGUACAUAGAAUAAGAUGGAAUUUCAAUCUAAGCACCGGCUUCAUCCUACUUUAUUGUAAACUCAGCAAGUUGAACCGGCAGCAUUGUGUUUCCAUGACUUUAAGUCCCACAAGCUAUAUGUCCUUUUUAUUUAUUUUUUUUUACAGUAGCAUGCCCUAACUAUCUGUGAUAAAAGACUAUAUUGGGGUGAGCAAGCACUGUAUAUAUACAUAUAUAAAUAUAUAUCAUGGUGAUUUUAAACUUUACUUGACACAUUAAAAUAAAUUAUUAAACACCUCGUCUAAUAGUCUAGUUGUGAAAUUGCCCAGACAUUGUGCAUGAUAUGAUCUCUGACAUUGUUGCUUUUUGCUCGAUUAUAUGAAAAUCGUCUCGUUUUCGACCACAUUUCUUACUGUGAACAAAUUGCCAUUUUGAAACUGUUCAAAAAUAAAUGUAUUUUUAUAUGGAA